CACACACCCACUCACCCAAGAAAUUAAUAUGAGUUCCGUCCAAGUCCUCUCUUCCGCUCCAAUUCAUGCACUAAAUCACAAUCUUUGUGACUCAACUUAUCAUACAAUCAAUCUAACACCAUGGGAUCUACAAUUCCUCCCAUAUGGAUACAAUCAAAAGGGUCUUCUUUAUCACCACUCUUCCGAGUUAGAUACAACAAACCAAAUCCAACACCUUAAACACUCUCUUUCCAAUACUCUUGAUUUUUUUCCACCACUCACAAGUCGUCUCAAAAUAACGGAACAUGAAGAUAACACGAUCUCAUGUUGCAUUGUUUGCAACAACGAAGGCGCACUCUUUGUUCAUGCCGUAGCAAAAAGUAUUAGUGUUGCCGGUAUUCUUGGAUCCACUUAUCAUCUUCCUAUUAUCCCUUCAUUUUUUGCACUUAACGGAGUUAAAAACUACGAAGGGACAUCACAACCAUUACUUGCAGUUCAAGUAACAGAAUUAAUUGAUGGCAUCUUCAUUGCCUUCACAAUCAACCAUGCCAUUGUUGAUGGUAAGUCAUUUUGGCAUUUCAUUAAUUCAUGGUCUGAAAUCUCGAGAGGUUGUCUUAAAAUAUCUAAACUUCCAAUAUUUGAACGUUGGUUUCCUAAAGGUAUUGAAUGUCCAAUUCGAUUUCCUUUCACAAUAGAUCUACUUAACAAUCACUCUAAUGAUGAAGCAAAAAUCAAUCUACCAUACAGAUUAUUUCAUUUCAAAAAGGAGAAUAUCAUAAAACUAAAAUUCAAAGCCAAUUUAGAGGCCGGCACAAAGAACGUAUCUUCUUUACAAGCACUUCUCACGCACAUUUGGCACUCUAUUAUACGUUCCAAGAAAAUUGACUCACAAGAAAAAGUGAAUUUUAUGCUGGAUAUAGGCGUUAGACAUAGGUUAGUUCCUCCAUUGCAAGAGGAUUAUUUUGGUAAUGCUGUGAUAGAGUGUGUGGUUACCAUGCAAGCUGGUGAGUUGUUAGAAGACAUUGGGCUUGGUAAAGGUUCUUGGGAGAUGAACAAGAUGAUUGCGUUGUACUCUGAUGAGAAAUUGAAAAAUCACUAUGAGAAUUGGUUGAUUAAACCGAGUUUUUUUACCCUUAGUGUCGCGAAUAAUAAUUCAACCGUGAUUGCUAAUUCACCUUUGUUUGAUGUUUAUGGUAAUGAUUUUGGUUGGGGAAUACCUGUGGGGGUGCGAAGUGGGGGUUCGAAUAAAAAAAAUGGAAAGAUUGUUGUGUAUGCAGGUGUAGAAGAAGGAAGUAUAGACCUCGAAGUGUGUCUUCCUUAUGAAAUUUUAGAGGCAAUUGGAAAUGAUUCUGAGUUUAUGGAGGUUGUGUCCAAUUAAUGUGGUUUUGAUCCUUUGGUUUGUAUUUAUGGAGUAUUUUUGUUGCCUAUGUUAAGAAGGUUUCAUUUUUAAUUUGGAUUAUUUUUAAUAAAUAAUAGAAUUAUUAUUUAUAACAGCAAAUAUGUAUAAGAGCAAGAAUCCUGUAGGCUGUGGCCGUUUGAAGAAAUAUCAUUCGUUUUGAUUUGUCACUCACUUACUGUGCCUCUCUUAUGUUUUUGAGUAUUUAAGGGACAUGCC